CAACAUACUCGGUUCUGAAUCAAGCUUUGAUGCCCCUGGGAGAUGAUUAUGUCAUGGUGAAAGGAGCGACUGGCCAAAGUGAAAAGGCAUAUUUUUGUAAACCUUUAGAAUAUAAAUUAGGAAAACAGUGGGGCAUUCAUAAAUUUUUAUAUAUGCCCAACUCCCCAAAGGCACUUUUGGGAAGGGACUUGUUGGAACAAUUGGGAGCAAAAAUUGUAUUCAAAAAGGGAGAAAUUACUCUGGAGGUAAAAGAUCAGCAAUAUAUUCAUAUAUUGAGCCUAACUUUAACCAGUCUCCCCCUAGAAGGAAGCAUUAACGAGGACAUCUUAAACCAAGUGUACCCGGGGGUAUGGGCUACCGAUGCACCUGGAAGAGUGAAAAGUGCUCCACCUGUUGAAGUUAGGAUCAAGGAAGGCCAAAAGCUGGUAAGAAUUAAACAAUAUCCCCUAAAGAAGGAAGACAGAGAAGGAAUCCGGCCGGUGAUAGAAAAAUUUUUGCAGUUGGGAUUAUUAAAAGAGUAUUUGAAGGAUGCUUUCUUUUGCCUCCCUCUCCAUGAAGCCAGCCAAAAAUUAUUUGCAUUUGAAUGGGAAAACCCCAAGAGUGGUCGAAAGACCCAGCUCACUUGGACGGUGUUGCCACAAGGAUUUAAGAAUAGUCCUACCAUUUUUGGCAAUCAGCUUGCGAAAGACUUAGAAUCCUGGGAAGCCCCGUCUGAGGAGGGGAAGCUGUUGCAGUAUGUGGAUGAUAUCCUGAUCGCCACCAAAACAGAGGAAGAUUGUAUGACAUGGACACUUCUUUUCUCAGUGGGAACACAGGAGAACCGGUACAUCAUGACUGUUUGGAAACCAUCGAAGCAACAUACGCCAGUCGCCCAGACCUGAAAGACAGCCCCAUGGAAAACGGGGAAACUUGGUUCACAGACGGAAGCAGUUAUGUCCUAAAUGGUAAUCGACAUGCGGGAUACGCCGUCACCACCAGCCAAGAGGUAAUAGAAUC